AUGGCAGCAGCGAACGUGACUAUACCUGUGACACCAAAGAAGAAUCAGAGAUUCACAUCAGAAGAAGAUGAAAUUCUUAGGAGCAUUGUUUCGCAACAUAGCAAACUGUCAUGGAAAGAAAUAGCUAAAAAUUUGCCUGGAAGAACAGCCAGCCAGUGUCGUGACAGAUACAAUCAAUACUUAUACACAGAAGUGGUAGCUAAGCCGUGGACUGUCGACGAGGACAAAUUGAUUAUUGAGAAAUACAUGCAAUAUGGCCCCCAUUGGGUUCAAAUUGCCAAAUUCCUUCCUGGAAGAAGUGGAGUUAAUAUUAAGAACAGAUGGAAUAGUGCAUUAAAGAAGUACCAUAAGAUACCCCAUAAAAACUUCAAAAUAACAAGGCGUUUGAAAUCUGAGAGAUCUAGCGUUCAACCAGCAGAUAUAUCCGGAAUGGAUUUCUUAAACGACCUUUUUCGCGUUUCAAAUCAAGCAUUGAUGGAAUUCUUUGGAUCUUACAAAGAAUAA